CUGUUCAAAAGGAAUCCUUAGAUUGAACAACAGUAGUUAAAACCUAAAAUCGUAACACAUAAGACUGCAAACAUGGCCUGUGAAUACACUACUAUGUACACUGUACAGGCAUAGGCAGCCACCGGGAUUGAACGAAGCUCGUUGAGAAUCACAUAAAAGAAAUGCAGUACUUGAGUUGGGCAUACAAAAGUGCGUGCAAAUACUAUUAUAUCGUGAGGACAUGAAUCAAGAUUCUUUCAAUAUUAAGGGCGAAGUCCACCCUGAUGUCAAGUUUGUUUUAAUAGAAGCAGAACAAGUAGAGAAACCGGUCCGUGAAAGUUUGAGCAAAUACUGAUUAAAGCACUUUCGCCUGUAACAAAAAAUCUUUCGUAAUACCAAUACACUUACAUUACGACUCUAGCUCGUUUAUUAUUCCAAAUUCCUGCGUUCCUGUUUGUAAUGCAUUAGAAAGACACAAGAUAAAGUUAGUAUAAAGAAGUAAAAACAAAUUUAUAAUUUAAGCACAUUCUGUAUUUGGAUGUGUUUCUGAAAAAUAUAUUAUCCUCAUGAACAUUUGAAGGAGAAUUUCACCCUGAUAUUGAGUUGGUUUAACUCGAAACAGAAACAGAGAAACAGAUUAGUGAAAGUUUGAGCAAAAACCGAUUGAAAAUAAGAAAGUAAAGAGUUUUUGAAGGUGCGAUGAAUCAUACAUCCACCCUAAAUAUAACUAUUGUAAAUAAGUUUUAUACAACCCCUGCGUGAAACAAAUCUAUUCUGUUAUCUAUAACUACGAAAAUGACAGUUUAUGAAAUGUUAUGGACAGAGCAAUUUGGAGAGGAGCUCGGAAGAUACGUCACAGUGUUGCCAAAUUGUGUUUCCUUGAUGAUAACUGUAUAUAUUUCUCAAACUUUCACUAACUUGUCUCUCUCAUUUUUCUGCUUUUAUCAGAACCAAGAAAAUUGCCGGGUGGACUUCCCCUUUAAUGUGCGAUUGUACUUGUAGAAGCCACAUCUCGAAGGUCACGCUUUUCAUUUAGAGUGUUGUGUAUGCUACGUAGUGGACGUGCGAAUGGUAAGAAUUAUCAUUACGCUGAGUGGAGGCCCAUAAAGAAACAAUUUGACAUGAAGCUGAAGAUGGAGGACCCUAAAUGGCCCACAGGGCCUGCAGAAGGUGUACCAAACAUACCAUCUUCUGAAGAUGCUGGAUUUCCCAAGAUAACAAAAGUUUUUGGUGAACCAGCGCAGGCCAUCAAGGUUUUCGAGGAGUACAAUAAAAUUGCCUUUUCGGAUGAGAUUCAACAAAUGUUUAAUGAAAGGUUGGACUUUACUAAGCCAGAUGUCAUCGAAAAAGUGCAGAGUGUUUGGCUAGAUGCAAGCUAUCUAGCACUGGAACACUGUGGAUUUGAGCACUUGAAACCAAUGUUUGGACCUGGCAAGAUCACUGAUAUUAUCCACGUUAUGUUCCUAGCAUACCAUGACUGCCCAGAGGUGUUGAAACUGGGGGCGUAUAUUCAGGAUCCUUAUGUCGAUUUACCGGCACCAAGCGUGGUUGACAUUGGUAGUGGAAUGCCGAACCUCAAUCUGGUCUCCCUAGUCGGUAAGACCGUAGGUCUUUCGGAUCUCCAUAUCAACAAGGACCGACCUAUGAUGAUCAUGGCUUCAUCAGCUUCCUGACCUCCGCUUAGGGCCUGUGUAAUAGGUGGUACGCUUGCAGGUAUUGUUCGCGACUACCGAACCCAGGUCGAUUUCCUAGCCGUCUACCUCGCCGAAGCUCAUGCCGAAGGAGUGUGGUCUCUGGGGAGCAAUGUUAGCUACAUGAAGCGUCACAAGUCUCUUCAAGAGAGGAUUGAUGCAGCUAAAGAUCUUCUCCAGAUAGAUGCCGAGACACACGACUGCAUGACUGAUGACGUCAGCGAUACUUCAAAGUUCCGCCUCGUCGUUGACCAGAUGGACAACCUCUUCUCCAGGAUGUUCAAAGCGCACCCAGAUCGGGUGAUAUUUAUCCGUGAUGGAAAGAUCGUGUAUUUCGGUAAAAACAUCAUGGAUCAGUUGAAGGACCCUUUACGCCUGAUGACCCAUGAAGCACGUGAAUGGUUGGAAGCGAACGUUGGACCAGCUUUGAAGCAGUAAUAUCAUUGUCGUACACACUUUAAAUCUGGUUAUAGCUGCGAGUUAAUCGUCCUAUGAACGAUUUUGAGAUGUAGUGUUUAAGUUCUUUUCUUCUUUAUGGAUACUGAAUCUCAACCAAAUUCAACUUAUGAAAUCACCUUCAAGAGUUUUUUCAACACUUAGAGGUAAGAAUACCAGUGGAAAUCUCAUUUUUGGUAGCAUGAGUGCCCAUUUAUGAAAUCUUUAGUCAUUCAUACCGUCACAUAAUCUCCAAUUUGAUGCUAACUCUAUGUAUACAAGGAAAUAAGGCCCUAAAAGGAGUCUUGACUACAAACAAAAUAUGUCAUUGUAGAAUUGAUGUUAUGUGUUCAACCAAAUAUUUGUAGCUCAUAAUUACCCAAUUGAUAAUGACUUUUUAACUUUCUUCUUCUUAUCUUUCUGUCUUUCUUUCAAUCUAUCU